CAGUAGCACGUAAACGUCUUUACGUUUUCCACGCUUCAAAGGCCAACGACUCGUAUUACACUCCUGAAAUAGGAUAGUAUAAACGACAAUUUAUCAUCGCCUUUGUUUUUAUCAUUUAUGUUCACACCUGAGGAGCGAUACACGACACAAGCCAUCAGUAAUUUCAAGUCGGAGGGACGGGGAUUAUUAGAUGUUUUGGUGCCUGUCAGCUGGUGGGCGAGUCAGCCUGCGCCUUCGCAGGCUAGCUCGCUAACGUUGUCUUGAGGACAGCCAGUUAGACAUCAGAGCUUGUAGCUAUAGGUUAUAGCUUUAAACCGACGUCUAGUAGACGUUGUUUAACUUUUGCAGCUAGCAUUUUAGCUAGCUAAAUCCAUCUCGCACAUAGUAGCCAUGGCAACUAGGCGUCUGACCGAUGCUUUCUUAUUAAUGCGGAACAAUGCAAUCCAAAACCGGCAGAUUUUGGCUGAGCAAGUGAGUACACACGACCCCCGUCGUACUCUGAGUACACGUAGCAAUGCUGCGGAGCUGGAUGAGUUGGCUGAUGACCGUAUGGCGCUGGUGUCCGGCAUCAGUCUGGACCCUGAGGCUGCCAUUGGAGUCACCAAGAGACUUCCACCCAAAUGGACAGAGGGGGUGGACGAGAUUCAGUAUGAACUGACUCGUAUUGGUCAGAAGAUGAAGGAGCUGGCUAGUCUUCACGAUAAGCACAUGAACCGGCCCACACUGGAUGACAGCAGUGAGGAGGAGCACGCCAUCGAGAUCACCACACAGGAAAUCACACAGAUGUUCCACAGGUGCCAGCGAGCGGUGCGAGGCCUGCAGUCCCGCUGUGGUCACUGCACCCAGCAAGAGGAGCGUGUGCUCAGGAACGUGGUGUCCUCUCUAGCCCAGAACCUCCAGGAGCUCUCCACCAACUUCAGACACACGCAGUCCAGCUACCUCAAACGUAUGAGGAACCGGGAGGAAAGAUCUAAGCACUUUUUUGACUCUGGUCCACUGAUGGAGGAGGACGAGGACCUGGCACUUUAUGACCGCGGUUUCACAGAUGACCAGCUGCUGAUGGUGGAGCAGAACACCAUGAUGGUCGAGGAGCGGGAGAGGGAGAUCCGUCAGGUGGUCCAGUCCAUCUCAGACCUCAACGAGAUCUUCAGAGACCUGGGCAGCAUGGUGGUGGAACAGGGGACAGUGCUGGACCGGAUUGACUUUAACGUGGAAGCGGCCUGCGUCAAAACAGAAGACGGCCUCAAGCAGCUGCAGAAGGCUGAACAGUACCAGAAGAAAAACCGCAAGAUGCUGGUCAUUUUAAUCCUCUUCGUCAUAGUCGUGGUUUUAAUUCUCAUUUUGUUUAUCACAAAGUUUUAGCACACAUUCCUACAUUUGUGCGUGUGUAUGAGGGCCUUAUCUGUGCUCCAAUCAGGAUUGCCUGUCUCUACAACACUCCAUACAGAAGAGUGAUAUUAUGUUCAGUGUGUGCAACAUCAUCUCAAGGGUUUCCAUUGGGACGGAGCACAUCAAAACACACACACACCCUCCCUGUCUAAAGCUUAUCUGAUAUCCAGUGCAAUGGAAUCUUAAAAAUCCCCCCCACACACACAUAUACACACACACACACUCACACACACAUACACACUCUCUCUGUCUCUUUAAUGGAUCAGUGAAACAGCGCUGAUCUCCAUACUUUGGAAAUGGGAGCCCAUUGUUGAUUUGCGUAUACUUGCGUAAGCUUUAUCUGUGUUAUGUCUGUCCAGCCUGGAAGAAUUCCGUGUGUGUGUGUGUGUGUGUGUGUGUGUGUGUGUGUGUGUGUGUGUGUGUGUGUGUGUGUGUGUGUGUGUGUGUGUGUGUGUGUAUUUUUUCUUUUCUUUGACUCUGAUCUGAUCUGAGGUUAACAGCAGUGUUGAGGAGAGGUGGAUUGUGGCCCUACCCUCAGAUGCCUUGAGUUUCUCCCACUGCUGGUGUUUGUCAUGCUGUGAGACUCUGCCCCCUCUAGGAGGAGAGUGGCAGCACAGCUCUCAGACUGGAAAGCCCCCUAUAGGAGGCGAGAGGUAGUGCACCACUGUCAGUUCCUGGUCAUCACAUAACAUAUCCUGCAGUAGUGUGAGAAGACUGCCGCUUUAUCUCCAUCUCCCUUCAGUCACCUGUGUGUGAAUACCCUGCUGUUCCUUUCUGCAGCCCAGCAGCCAGAGUCUCUACCCAUGCUGUCCAGCAGGGGGCGACCCAGUUCCCUCUGACAGCUCAAGGACUUGGGGAAAGUGUUGUUGUUGUUGUUGUUGUUGUUGUGCUUCUGGACCAUUUCUGUUGUCAUGUUGUUUACACAUGCACUUUCAGGCCAAUCUGAUUGGCCAUCGACUCUCGUGUGUGUGGACUGAUGUCUGGGGGUUCUAUCCUGGCUAUGGAGUCUACUGUCUCCUGUAAAAUAUGAAGUAAUUAUUUAUUUUCAAGUGUACAAAUUGUGAAGAUUGUAUAGAGGGGAUGCCUAUGGUUUGAAUGGUGUGGGGAAAUGUAAGAUAAGUUAUCCACAAUCAAGUCCACUACACUUUUCUGUCUCAAAUUCAAUUCUGUAUCUGACAUACCUGUUUGUUUGUUUAAUCUUGUUUUGAAACUGGUGUUGAGAUGGUGUCAUAUACCACGACUGCUUCAUACUCUGUUUGAUCAAGUCGCUUUUCUCAGAAAUGAGUGGAUCGUGGCUAAAGAUGCUUCCAUAUCCGGGAUGGGGACCGUGUCAGUGACAUCACUGGCUUCCGUGUUAUGAUGUUUUCUGUGUGAUGGAGAAACAGGUGCCACCCUAUGACACUGUACGGACGUAUCGUAAGCUGCACAAGGGGUUAUGUAUGGAGAAAGAUUUUACAGAAUAAACAUGAAAUGUGA